CUUUGAUGAAGAAACAAAUAUGGCAGCGCCCUGUCGAAAUUUAUCCCGUCAGCUGUACCAAGUUUUUCACGUGAAUAGUCGCAAUGCAUCAUUAUUUGGAUCAUUGCGGCAAUGUAGAAGGCUGAAUUAUAGCACAUAUCCAUCAAAAUGGCAGUUCAGUCACUCUAGGAUCAAAUGCAGACCGUUGAGUACCUCAUGCCGGACAUUCAGUACUCCAACAUCUACCAACAAAUCAGAUGGAGAGAAACCCAAAGGAGGCAUCAUAACGAAUAUAGCCCUGAAGACGCAUCAAGCUACUAUCUGGUUUCUAAACAGGGUCUCCCCCAAGGCACGGGUCUUCUAUGAGCGCUUUGUGGAUGGUGCAACAUCCUUUGUUCAAGACUUCCGAUUUGUGUACUCACUGAACAAGAGGCUGAAGAAUGGUGAGGUGAAACUGGAAGAUGUAGAAUGGAAAGAUCUCUACAAAAAGAUGCAGAUGAAACAAGAUGUUGCCAAGGUUCUUCCAGUACUGGUUAUAGUCAACAUCCCUUUUGUAUACUAUGUCACUCUACCUGUAGUGUUGUAUUUCCAGAGAAUCUUUCUGUCUGACCACUUCAUAACCCCGGAAGACGUGUCUAACAACCAUCAAGAAAACCAGAAGAAGAGGCGUCGUCUCUAUCCAUUUAUACUGAAGAAACUGGAUAAAAGACUGAAGAAAAACCCAACAUCAGAUCUUGCUGAAUCUUUACAACAGAGGAUAGGUGAAGAUCAGUUGGAGAAGCAGCCAUUUAGUGCAGCUGAGCUACUGUCUUUCCAGCCUCUCUUUAGUCAACAAACAUCUCUCAAGUCACUCUCAAGUUCUCAUUUGAAAUAUCUAUGCAAGCUUCAUUCCCAGUGGGUGUUCUUAGCAGCUAGCUCUUCGCUGAGGAAACGGCUCUCAACUCACUCAACGCUGAUGGUAGCCAUGGACCAGGCCAUACUCAAGGCAGGCAUACAUAGCAUUGAUGAAGACGACUUGAGGAAGCUAUGCUACCAGCGAGGGCUGAACCCAGUAGGAUCAGAUAGGCAGACCCUUACAGACUGGCUAACAGAGUGGACUCACAUAUCAACAAGUCUUACAGAUGCAGAGUGGUCACUGCUUCUCCAUGCCAGCAUUCUUCUUGUGACUGGACGUCCACACCAAGGGAAAGUCCAGGCGGUCAAGGAUGAGGUACAACCUACAUCUAAGAAAGAUGAGCACCAAGUAUGAUGUCUGACUCUAUUGUCUAGGAUCAUCUAGUUACAUCCAGAUGUUUUUGCACAAGUAUGGCUUUGAAUAGCACCUAAUACAUCUUCAAUUGAAUGUCACAAAGUACUGUCAGCUACUCAUAAUAGCUAUCUACUAACACAUACAAAUAUUAAUCUGUAAUGCUAUUUUGGGGGAGAUAAAGAUGUUAAUUAAGGUAUGGUGUAGCUGAAUUCAUGUCAUAAUUUGCCUUUAUGCUCGCUGCUUUGAUCAAUUUCCCAUUUAAGUCAUAAUAAUAUUAGAUCUAUACAAAUUACCUUCCAGUAAUUAAUGAGUAGAUUUUGUGGUAUUUUACAUCAUGUACAGAUGAAUCAAGAGCUAUAUGUUUUUCAUUACCGGUAUCAUAAAUUUUACCACAUUUUGAUAAUUUGUUGUUUGGUUCAUUGGUAUGUCGAUGAAAAAAAUGACAGUUCCCAAGAUUUUCUACUUCACAAUUAAGUUGUAAAUGAUGGUCUUAGACUAGACUUUAAAGGUACUAUGUCCCUUUUGCAGCUAACCUCAAAUUCUGUAGAACUUUACAGGAAUUAUGAAUAUGUCAUGUAUAUCCUAUCUGUGAA